AGUCAACAAGCCUUCCCUACCACUUCAAACCAAUCUUCCAGCUCCCAAGGCCUUUACCCACCCCUCAAAACCUCAGUCAAAAUGCAGUUCUCCACCAUCACCACCGUCCUGGCUUUCACCGCCGCUGCCUUCGCUGCCCCUGCCGUCGAAGCUGAAGGCCUCGAGGUCCGCACUGGCACUCCCGCCGCGUCGAACAAGCAACUCUGCUGCAACGGCAUCCUCACCUGCGUCGUGCAGAUUCUCGGUGACGUCUGCACCACUAAGAAAUACAAUUGCAAGACUUCGGCCCCCGCGGGCUCUACUUUGCUCAAUGUCAACCUCCAGCUCCUCAACUGCGUCUCGCUCUAA